AUGGCUGAAAGCAACACCACAGACUAUGCCACCAACAAGGAGGCUCUUCCAUUCUCAGAACAGCACUAUUUCUCCUCUUAUGACCAUUUCUCCAUUCAUGAAGAAAUGCUUAAGGAUAAGGUCCGUACCUUGAGUUAUCGUCAGGCAAUUUUCCAAAACAGACAUCUUUUUAAAGACAAAGUUGUUCUUGAUGUUGGGUGUGGUACUGGUAUUCUUUCUAUGUUUGCUGCCAGAGCUGGUGCCAAACACGUCAUUGCCGUGGAUAUGUCAAACAUUAUUGAGAUGGCUGAAAAAGUGAUCAAAUUGAACGGUCUUGAUGACAAGAUCACUCUUCUCAGAGGUAAAUUGGAAGACGUGGUGAUGCCAUACCCUGAAGUUGAUAUCAUCAUUUCCGAAUGGAUGGGGUACUUUUUGCUUUAUGAAUCCAUGCUCGAUACCGUCCUCAUUGCCAGAGACAAGUACUUGAAGAAAGGCGGGUUGAUCUUCCCAGACAAGAGUACCAUGUACAUUGCUGGUAUCGAAGAUGGUGAAUACAAGGAUGAAAAAAUCAACUUCUGGAACGAUGUUUACGGGUUUGACUACACUCCAUUCAUUCCAAUCUGUAUGACCGAGCCAUUGGUUGAUUGUGUCGAAGCCCAUUCCGUCAACACUUCUACCGCUGAAUUGGUUGAAAUUGACUUGAACACCGUCACUAUUGAACAAUUAGCCUUCCACAGGAAAUUCACUUUGACUGCCAACAGAGAUGACCAAAUCCACGCUCUUGUUUCCUGGUUCGAUAUUGUCUUCCCAUCCGAUACCGAAGAAAACAAGGUUGUUUUCAGCACCGGUCCAUUCCACAGAAACACUCACUGGAAACAAACUGUUUUCUACUUGGACCAAGUCUUGAACGUUAAGCAAGGUGAAAAAAUCGACUGCUAUUUGGCUUCCAGACCAAACAAGAUCAACCCAAGAGAAUUGGACAUUGAAAUUGAAUGGGACCACAAAACUUUUGAUGAAGCUGAUACUAGAGCUGAAAAGGGUAAGCGUAACUACUUCUUGCGUUAA